GACAUGUUUUAGGAAAAAUCCUUUCCUUAGGAUUUUUCCCUCCUGAGAAGCUGAGAGGCCUCAGGAACAAACUGUAAACAAUUCUUAUCUGCUGCUGUGGAAUGCAACAGGGGGAAUCUGUGAUUGGUCUCAUCUGGUUGUUUGGAAUUAACGGCCAACCACAGUUCACCUGUCCAGACCGUCUCGGUCGGAGACAAGCCUUUGUUAUUCAUUCCUUUCCUAUUCUUAGCUUAGCCUUCUGAUGAAAUCUUUUCUCUCUGUUCUUUUAGUAUAGUUUUAAUAUAUUUUCUAUCAUAAAAUAAUAAACCUAGCUUGCUGAUACAUGGAGUCAACUUUCUCGUCUCUUCCCUCAUCCUGGGACCCUUGUGGACAAUACUACAAAUGGUGACCCCGAGUGAAAAAAGGAGCACCACCACAGAAGGUGAACACCGAGGACAGAACUGACAGAUGGUGCCUCGAGUGAAGGAAUCACCACAAUUGGACCCUGAGUGAGGAAGAAUUCUUCAUUUGGCUGGCCGCAGAGAGAACCUUUUGAAAAGUCUCCGAGACAAGAUGUCCAGAAGUCUUUGCAGCACAGAGCAGUCUGCCGAAGCCCAGAGGACACUGUCACAAGGUACUGUUUACACUUCCCUUCCUGAAAAUGCUUCCCUUCUUACAAGGCAGAUUCGGAUCUGGACAAGGGUGCCUACGGAGGCGGAGGUUUCAUUCUCUCCCUCAGAGGAGAAACUUAUUGGCCUCUGGCAAAAAUGGGGUCAUGAGGACAGAAUUCCUAUGCUGAAGAUACACUUCUAUGAGUUUUUCAGGUGGGCAAAGCACCAUGGCUUUUUCACUGAUGUGCUGUAUGCCCUUGAUUCAUACAUAUGGGAAUGCAUGGAAUUCAUUAUCCGAGACCUUCUUUACCGGGGACUUGGAUUUCCUCGGGUUUAUCCGUCAUUCAGAACUCUCUUCCCAGUUUUGAAACGGAAAGCGUCUGCAUAUCAGUGGAUUUCGGAUUGCCGAGGUAUGUCUCCCUUCUCGCUGGCGCUGGCAAGAGGGGAACCAGUGCAAAUCCACAGCCUGCAGGUUCCCAGCCCCCCCGAAUCGCGGCGGGGGGGCGAAGUUUUGCCCGCGACAGAAGAAAAGUUUUUUUCUGCGCCUUUGGAGCAUGCUCCGACGGAACCGCCUCCCCCGCCUUGCUGCUCUCAGGGGGGAGGUGAGUUGGCUCCACCGCCCGAGCCGGAGCCGCGGGCCCCACCCCAACCCGCCCCGCAGGAGGUGCCAGUCCCCGCGGCCCCUCCCGCGGCACCGCCUCAGCCCGGACCGGACCCGUCGCCUCCAGCGGAGUUUGUCGGCGUUCCCGUGGCAGAAGCACCGCCUCCCGGGGCUUCGCCCGAGUUGCUAGGCGACGCACUCGACAGCAAUCGCCAAGAGCUCGCGACUGCGCUGCCGCUCCCGAAGCAAAGUGAGACAACAGUGCAGGCGGCACCGGUGGGCCCCGGCCCCGCGCCCCUGCCGCCCCCCGCGGCUGUCCCGCCGCCUCCCGUGUCGGCUCCGCCGGCUUUGCUGUCUGCGCCCGCGAUGCAGCUUCCGGUACCCGGAGAAGACGCGGCUGCUGUCCCCAGCCCGGCGGGGGUCGAUGCCGCGCUGCCCGCGCCGGUCGAAUCCGCGUUCGACCCUCCAGCAGAGCCCGUGAGGGCUCCGAGCGCGGCGGCUCCGCCUUUGCCUGCCACGCCAGUGGAGGAGGCUGAGGUUGAGAACCACCAAGCGGAACCAUCAUUGGAGGCGCCCGUGGCCCCGCCGCUCCCCGCGGCGGCCACCGCGGCGCCUGCGAUCAGCCUGGAUUCCCCCCCGAGCUUUUCGGGCUGUCCCGAGGCUGCCCCUGCGGGGGGAGCUGGGACAGGGGAAGGGGAUGCCUGUCUGCCCCUCCGUGGGGGGGUUGUGGCUCGACAGCUGAUUGCGGGCUCAGCCCGUCAGCCUGCUUUCAAACUCAGCGUUUUUCGCGGGCCGGUUCGGGUUUGGUUCGGAGGUUCCCGUUGGGGGUUGGAAUGCCUGACUCCCCCUGCGCACCCCAGCACCGUGGGGGAGGUGGCUCCUGAGCCUUCUGCUUCUGGUCCCCAGCCCGCAGGGAGUGGGGGUGGUACCGAGGGGCAGAAAGGAGGAACACCUUUUGCAUUUGCGUUGCAGAGGCAGGAGAAACAGUGGAAAGUGAGCGUCGCUCAAUUGCUCUGGGGACAAAGCACCCCCAGAUCUAGGGUGAUGAUCCCUGGGAAAGCUUCUCUUCCCCAGCUGCUGGUCUGCACCGGUUCAGAGGGGAUGAAGCGUUCGGUCACUUGUGCUGCCCAGGCAUUGGCAGCAGAGUGCCGGGUUGUGAGACCACGGAGCCCGCUCCGCGGGCCGGGUCUGGGCCGUUUGGCUCGGUUCCCUGGGCCAGGGCCUCCGCCCGGCCAGCGGCUGUUUGGUUUGGGGGCUUUGCUUCCCCCGUCAGGACCUGGGCCACCGUUCUGUAGGCCAGGUCUGGGAUCCCUGAUCCUUCCACGAGGGCCAGGGCCCCCGCAGAGCCUCAGUGGCUCCUCUCUGCUGCUGCUCUUUCGUCCAAAAAAAAAAAAAAAAAAAAAAAAAAAAAAAAAAAAAAAAAAAAAAAAAAAAAAAAAAAUUAAAUAAAAAGAGUUGAAAGAGCUAGCAGCUCAAAAAGCGUUGAAAAGCCAAGCAAGCUUGUUUCAGGACCAAAAGGGACUUUCAGCAAUGUCAGAGAGGAACAUCUUCAGUUUGGACUUUCCCUGAAACUCAGCUGUUUGGACUUGAAGCAAUGAACUUUCUUUUCAUUGUUUUUGCAUUUUCUUAUAUCUUAAGAUUGUUUUGGUGUGUGAUGUAAUUUGAUGUUUUGCAGAUGAAGAAUUUCCCUGACGGUUCCACAUCAGCACUGAUUGAUGUUUUGAUUGGCAACAUUAAGCCUCUCAGGUGCUUGUUCUUUCCUCUGCAUGGGCCAGCAGAUGAAAUUGCAAACACUUUUUCCUUUUAAUUUAUUUAAAAUAAAAAGGGUGAGAUGUCACCGACAUGUUUUAGGAAAAAUCCUUUCCUUAGGAUUUUUCCCUCCUGAGAAGCUGAGAGGCCUCAGGAACAAACUGUAAACAAUUCUUAUCUGCUGCUGUGGAAUGCAACAGGGGGAAUCUGUGAUUGGUCUCAUCUGGUUGUUUGGAAUUAACGGCCAACCACAGUUCACCUGUCCAGACCGUCUCGGUCGGAGACAAGCCUUUGUUAUUCAUUCCUUUCCUAUUCUUAGCUUAGCCUUCUGAUGAAAUCUUUUCUCUCUGUUCUUUUAGUAUAGUUUUAAUAUAUUUUCUAUCAUAAAAUAAUAAACCUAGCUUGCUGAUACAUGGA